CAACCAAGCAGAAUGCAGGCAUCAGCCUUCCCGGAUAAGAAUCGGAGGAAGCCAGGCCACUAUGAAGGUGCUCAGGAUCCUAACUAUGAGAAUAUAACGUUGCCCUUCAGAAACAAGGACCAGCUCAGACUCAGUCAACCAGCACCCAGCAAACAAGCUCAGCCCAAGCCGUCACUGGACACACUCCAGGUCCCCCCUUGGCUGCACAGAGCCAUCACGAUCUUGUAUGUCCUCCUCGGUCUCAUCUUUUUGGCAUGCAUCAUCCUCUCCGCUUUGGUCCUGGUCAGAAAUUCAGAAAUGUCCAGGGAGCUGUGGAGCCUGAGAGGGGAGCUUUCGAAUGUCUCAAACACGGUGCUGAGCUGCCAGGACCAGCAAAGGAAUCAUUGGAAAGCUGUCCAGCAGGGCAUCCAGCAGGCCAAGAACAAUAUUGGUGAGGUCUUGAGCAAAGUGCAGAGUGGAAACGACAAGCUGAAGACGGUGCCAGCAGAUAUAACGGAAAUCAAGAAAACCCUUGAGAGGCUAGAGAAGAAAGCAUCUGAUCAGCCCAGUAAAUAAGAGGACAUCGCAGCCACACCUGGAAGGCCUCGGGAUUGCACCUGCUAGUAAAGAUGGCUGGAGUGUGAGUCCGCCAUUCAUCCUCACAGAGAAAAGUGUCCAUCGGGGGAAUGGGUGUUGAAGAAUGUGUGUAUGGAAGUGAACAUUUUGUGGCAUGUGGAGUUUCCAUGUAUCCAAGGAGAAGGUUAAGUUAUGGUGGAAAGAGAACAUGGAAGUCACGGCAUGUGUUCCUCUUUAUGGGUGUGUAGCCAGACAUAUAUGAGGAUAGGCCUGUCCUGGAAGACAGCUGUUCCUGUGAAUCCCCCAAAGUAUGUCAUUGUGAGUGUGGGUGUAGGUGA